GGUGAAACAAGCAAUCCUCCUCUUUUAAUCUAAAAAUGAGACAUCUACCCAUCAAUUCCCUCAGAGAGAACAACACACCAUUUGUAAGAAGCUUCAUUAUAUUGUUACUUACCUGCAUAACUGUCAGAAUCAACCUUUGUUUUUCCAGCACCAGUAUCCCUUCUUCAUUAAGAUUGCUUUCCCUCGACGGCCAUUUCAAUUUUGACGAUGUUGACCAUGCAGCAAGAGAUUUUGGCAAUAGGUUCCAAUUUCUUCCUUCAGCAGUACUCCAUCCGAAGUCCGUUUCUGAUAUUGCCAACACUAUAAAGCAUAUAUGGCAAAUGGGUCCUCAUUCAGAGAUCAAAGUUGCAGCUAGAGGCAAUGGCCACUCCCUUCAGGGCCAGUCACAAGCACACAGAGGCAUCGUCAUCCACAUGGAGUCGCUCCAAGGCCCUAAAAUGCAGGUCCAUGCGGGAAAUCUUCCAUAUGUGGACGUCUCUGGUGGUGAGAUGUGGAUAAAUAUCCUGCAUGAGAGCCUGAAAUAUGGACUAGCACCAAAAUCUUGGACUGAUUAUUUACAUUUAACAGUCGGUGGAACUUUGUCCAAUGCUGGGAUCAGCGGACAAGCAUUUCGCCAUGGUCCCCAGAUAAGUAACGUCCAGCAACUGGAAGUAGUUACAGGCAAAGGAGAAGUGAUAAAUUGUUCAGAAAAGCAGAAUGCCGACCUCUUUCACAGUGUUCUUGGCGGACUUGGUCAGUUUGGCAUCAUUACACGGGCAAGAAUAUCACUGGAACCAGCACCUGAGAUGGUCAAAUGGAUUAGAGUUCUCUACUUGGAUUUUGCCACAUUUGCAAGAGACCAGGAACAUUUAAUAUCUGCUGAAAAAACAUUCGACUACAUAGAAGGAUUUGUAGUAAUAAACAGGACAGGUCUGCUGAAUAACUGGAGAUCAACCUUCAGUCAACAAGACCCAGUACAAGCUAAGUUCAAGUCAGAUGGAAGAACUCUCUUCUGCUUAGAAUUGGCAAAAUACUUCAACCCAGACAAGAAAGAUGCAGCAGAUGAGGAAGUUGAGGAUGCAUUGUCUCAGUUAGAAUAUAUCUCAUCAACACUUUUCCAAUCAGAAGUUGCAUACGUGGAUUUCUUGGACAGGGUUCAUGUGUCGGAGGUCAAACUACGGGCAAAAGGCUUAUGGGAAGUCCCACAUCCUUGGCUCAACCUCCUCAUCCCCAAAAGCAAAAUACACAAUUUUGCUGAAGAAGUAUUUGGAAAAAUCCUCACAGACACAAGCAAUGGCCCCAUCCUUAUCUACCCAGUCAGCAAAUCAAAGUGGGACAACAGAACCUCUGUUGUCAUUCCAGAGGAAGAUAUUUUCUACUUAGUGGCUUUCCUUUCCUCUGCAGUGCCUUAUUCCACAGGAAAUGAUGGCCUGGAACACGUCUUAACUCAAAACAAAAGGAUUCUAGACUUUUGUGAUACAGCCAAUCUUGGCAUGAAGCAAUAUCUACCCCACUACACUACACAAGAAGAAUGGAAAACUCACUUUGGCCCACAGUGGCAGGCUUUUGUCCAGAGGAAAUAUGCUUAUGACCCUUUGGCAAUACUUGCUCCUGGCCAAAGAAUAUUUCACAAGGCAUUACCUUUUUCUUGACACAAGCAAGAUUCAUUUUACAAAAGGAAAUGGCUCCUAUUGCAUGCAUGGAGAUACCUUAGCCCUGAGGAUAGAAAUUGAUAGCCAUCAUGCACCAUCUCCUGCUCACUGCAAAUGAGGGGUAAAAAAGGUUCAACAGCUAUCUUAUUGGUAUGCCUUCCCAUAUAUUGUAAGUCUAAAGAAAUGGCUGCAGGACUAGCUUACAGUUAUUUCCCCCACUAAGAGUCAUAUUCAAAAUUAGUAUUUAAAUUACUUGCAACUUUAGAAGGCUAUUAGGAAAAGAAGCCAGAGAGUACAUAAUGAUUUGUAAACAAUUCGCAGAUUAUCUUCUUCCAUGAAUACUAAUUUUUGUAAAUUA